UAAUUUUCGGUCAGGCAAGAAGUCCGGUCGUACCAGCGUUGAUGGGCAUCUUAUAAACGCCGUCCAUCUAUGGUAGAAGUCAGUCUAGUAUUCCCUAGUCCAGCUCAAACAAUGCUCACAAAGGUCGCUAUAGUGCUGUUCGCGUGUGCGUACGUCAGUGCGCAGGUACCACACUUAGGAAAGUGUCCUCACGUGACAGUCGUCCAGAAUCUCAACGUGACGAAGUACCUGGGCGGCUGGUACGAGAUUGAGAAGUUCUUCUUUUUCAUCGAGGGCCAGGAGACAUGUAUCAAGGCCAACUACAGCCUCAAGUCAGACGGACACAUCCUCGUCUAUAACCGGGGACUCAAGCCCGACGGCAGCGUUGACGCAUCGACAGGUGACGCCGUGGCCAAAGAUCCUUCUGUUCCCGCGAAACUCUCCGUAACGUUUAACGGCUCCCCGCGCGUACCCUACUGGGUAGUGGACACAGACUACGACACGUACUCUCUCGUCUGGUCGUGUGAGGAUUUGGCGGGAUUCGUUCAGGCAGACUUCGCCUGGAUACUCGGCCGCCAGAGGACGCUCGAUGCAAGCAUUAUUUCUCGUCUGAAGCAGAAACUGGCGUCAUUCGGCAUCAACACUAACAGCUUCAAUAAGACGCCGCAAGAAAAUUGUCCGUUUUAGGCAAUUUCGAAACAAUGAAUACCAGUAUGUGUCGUCACAUCAGACCAUUCUUGUUGAAUCACAUAUCGGUUUCAAAAUUGAUUCUCGCUAUUGUAAUAUUUUACUAUCGUUUUCAAACACAACAUUUUUGAAUAUAAAAUAUUCAUUUUUAAUUCAUAAGUUACAUUUUAUAUUUAUUAAUUUAUGUAAAGUUGUCUUUUUCUUUGCAUCGUAUAUGUCAUGGCCUUUAGCGGCAAUAAACUUUAAUAUGUUA